CCCCUCCUCACUCCCACCCGCCGCACCGACACCCGCCUCCGCCCGCCCGCCCGCCAUGGACCGCGGCCCCUCCGUCUCCGACGAGGACGACGACCUCGAGACCCUCGUCCCGCAGAACCACGCCAAGCCGCCCUCCCCUUCCUCCCGCUCCCCGGCGGCGGCCUCCUUCCACGUCUCCGCCCUCCGCGCCGCGGUCCCCUCCUCCUCUUCGCUCGGCCGCCUCCUCUGGUCCCGCCGCUACCUCCUCCUCUUCGUCGCCCUCCCGGUCCUCUUCCUCGUGCUCUUCGUGUCCCUCGGCGGCGCCUCGUCCCUCCGCCUCCCGGCCUCCAUCCGCCUUCCCUCCGCCGCGCCCGCCACCGACCCCGCGGCGUCCCGCAUGCGCGAGGCCGAGCUCCGCGCGCUCUACCUCCUCCGCUCCCAGCGCUCCGGCCUCCUCAGCCUCUUCAACCGCACGGCCUCCACUGCCCCCACCACCGACGCCUCCAGCUCAACCGCUAUCUCGUAUUCCGAUCUACACGACGCGCUCCUCAGCCAGAUCAAGAUCAACCGCGAGAUCCAGUCGGCGCUCCUCUCCGCGCAUCGCUCUGGCGCUGCUGGCAAUGUGACCGACGAUGGUUUGGAUCUUGAUCUGCCGGUUGCUGGGUGCAGGAGGAGGGAGUUGCCGUCCAACAGGCGGACCAUAGAGUGGAACCCCAAGAAAGAUCGUUUCCUGUUCGCCAUCUGCCUCUCUGGGCAAAUGUCGAACCAUUUGAUUUGCUUAGAGAAGCACAUGUUCUUUGCGGCGCUGCUUGGCCGGAUCCUGGUUGUGCCUAGCCAGAAAGUAGAUUAUCAGUAUGACCGGGUGCUUGAUAUCAAUCACAUUAAUGAUUGCAUUGGAAGGAAGGUUGUAAUGUCCUAUGAGGAAUUCACAGAGAAGAGGAAGAAAGUGAGCAUUGAUCAGUUCAUAUGUUACGCAGCAUCACCGCCAUGUUUCCUUGAUGAGGACCAUAUUAAGAAGUUGAAGGGAUUGGGGAUUUCACUGGGAAAGAUUCAGGCGGCUUGGCCAGAGGAUGCAAAACUGAAGGAGCCAAAGAAGAGAAUUGUGGAUGAUAUCAUGCCAAAGUUUACCACGGAUGCUGAGGUGCUUGCGAUCGGUGACAUGUUCUAUGCUGAUGUUGAAGAAGAGUGGGUGAUGCAACCUGGUGGUCCAUUGGCUCACAAAUGCAAGACUUUGAUCCAGCCAAGUAGGCUUAUAAUGCUCACUGCACAGCGCUUUGUUCAGACCUUCUUGGGUGGCAACUACAUCGCUUUGCAUUUCCGGCGACAUGGCUUCCUGAAGUUCUGUAAUGUGAAGAAAGAGAGCUGCUUCUUCCCUAUCCCCCAGGCAGCAGAAUGCAUUCUUCGAAUCGUUGAGAAAGCUAAUGCCCCAGUCAUAUAUCUGUCUACUGAUGCUGCCGAGAGUGAGACAAAUGUUCUGCAAUCCUUGGUUGUGUUCAAUGACAGGCAAGUCCCUCUCGUGAGAAGGCCAGAGCACCACAGUUCUGAGAAAUGGGACGCCUUGUUAUACAGAAAUCACAUGGGUGGAGACAGUCAGGUUGAGGCAAUGCUUGAUAAGACGAUCUGUGCAUUGUCGAACGUUUUCAUAGGUUCAUCAGGCUCAACCUUCACAGACGAUAUCCUUCGUCUGCGGAGGGGCUGGGGAUCUGCGUCCCACUGCGACGAGUACCUCUGCCAGGGUGAGCUGCCCAACUUCAUUGCAGAGCAAGACUGAAAAGGAAAAUGACAUCCUAGAAAAAGAAUUGACAGCUACACCCAUUUUUCCCCCUACGAUCUGGUGAUACACAUCCUGUAAACUGGUGAUACACAUCCUGUAAAUUGGCGUGUACAUCCUAGUGUAAAAGAGCGAUUUGUUCCGGUACCCCACAUUGAUUUGUUCGGUGUUGUUACAUGUUUAGGCAAUAGAAAGAGUUUUGGGUGUUUCGUUUCCGUGAUAUUGUUGGUUAGGCAAUAGAAAGAGUUGGGUGUUUUUUCUUUUUCCCGUGUGCUCGGUGUUCAUGCUCGGCCUUUGCUUUGAGAAUAUGCGACACGCUUGUUUGUUGUACUCUGUGGAACACGAUGGCAAGUGUUUGAUAGUCAGCACUGAACGCAUUUUGGACAUUGGUCUGCCUGAAAUUGCUGACGCGCUGGCUAUGCGCCGAGCGAAGUCUGGCGAGAAAGGAGGGCUCUCAGGAGGUUGUGAUGGCCUCAGAUUGUGUUAAUUAAUCCAACUUAUUCACGCCACGG